GCUUUUUUUUUUUUUUUUUUUUAUAUAUAUAUGCAUUUUUUUAUUAAUACUAUUCUCAUUAAGACCAUGCUUUACUUGAAGAAGUACUUGACGGAGGGCCUGAUCCAGUUCACCAUCCUGCUCAGCCUGAUCGGAGUGAGGGUCGACGUGGACACCUACCUGAGCGCCCAGCUUCCCCCGCUGCGUGAGAUCAUCCUGGGCCCCAGCUCCGCCUACACCCAGACUCAGUUCCACAACCUCCGCAACACGCUGGACGGCUAUGGCCUGCACCCCAAGAGCGUGGACCUAGACUACUACUUCACCUCCCGCCGGCUGCUGGGCGAGGUGCGCUCCCUGGACAGGCUGCAGGUUCCCAGCACGGAGCUCAGCGCCUGGCUGGUUCACCGGGACUCCGAGGGCCCUGUGGUCUCCAGCCCGCAGUCUGGCAGCGGCGGCGGCAGCAGCUCCGGCAUUGCCCUGGAGAAUGCCAGCGGCGGGCUGGAGGAGUUGGGCGACCUGGAGGGUUCGGCCACAAGGCGCAACGGAACCCUGGACCAGGGCUACGUCCAGGAGCCGGAGGAGAACCAGGGGGCUGUGGCACCGGAGGACAGCAACGAACUCCACAACGACAGCAGCAGCAGCAACCUGACUAAAGAGGAUAUCGAUCUGAUUGACAUCCUGUGGCGGCAGGACAUCGACCUGGGCGCGGGCCGAGAGGUGUUCGACUACAGCAGCCGCCAGAAAGAGCAGGAGGAGGAGGAGGAGGAGGAGGAGCAGCAGAAGCAGAGUGAGGAGGAGCAAGAGGAGGAGGAGCCGACAGGAGAUAGCUGGAGGAAUGGCCUGAACCAGCGGGGGGAGGGGCCUGUGGACGGAGAGACCGGAGAGUGUAUCCCACAGCAGUUGCCCAGCCUUGUGGAUCAAACCUCCCUGUCUCUACAAGAGUGCCUGAGACUGCUGGAAGCCACCUUCCCUUUUGUAGAAGAGACUGAGUUCCCAGGCUCUGUAUUUCCGGCGCUGGAAGACUCCACUGAAGAGGGCUCCUUCACUUCCGGUUCCCAGGGACCCCUGCUCUCCCCCCUGCUGCCCGAGACUGACUCUGCCCUGGACCGGGAGCAGCAGUGGCAGGAUAUCAUGGCCAUCAUGGAUCUGCAGGACAUGGAAGUAAACGAAACCAUCGACCCAUCUUUCAACACCAGCAGCGGCAGCAGCGGAGUGGACACAGGGUCCAUGGCUGACUUCAGCCUCUCCAUCCAAACCCCCAUCAACCAGGACGUGAGCCUCCAUCAGGCCUCCCAGCCCAGUUGCAGCCAGGACUUCACGGGGGGCUUCUUCAUCCCGGAGCUCGGCUCCUGCCCCAUGGAGACUGUGGGGGCCGACCCCCCAACCGCCCUGCUCUGCAUCCCCUCUGGCAACUCCAGUGACGUCAACUCCACCUUCGGGGCGACCAACCUGACAGACGUGCUCCUGCCCCCGCGGCUCAACGGCUCCUCCAACGGCAUGGGGCUGCCGGACCCGCUCGCUGGGCUGCUGGAGGAGGCCCUGCUGGACGAGAUCAGUCUACUGGACCUGACCCUGGUGGAGGGGUUCAACCCAGCCCAGGCCUCCCGGCUGAGGGAGGAGUUUGAUUCAGACUCUGGGCUAUCGCUGGACUCCAGCCGGAGCCCCGCCUCCCCGAGCGGCUCCGAGACAUCUUCCUCAUCAUCUUCAUCGUCAUCAUCUUCGUCAUCCUCCUCCUCGUUCUCGGAAGAAGGGGCGGUGGGCUACAGCACAGACUCGGAGGCGCUGGAUUUCGAGGAGGGGGGAGCGGUAGGGGGUUGCUACCAGCCUGAGUUCAGCAAGUUCUGCCGCAUGAGCUACCGGGACCCCUCCCAGUUCGGCCACCUCCCCCAGCUGGAGCACGUAGCCCACAACCACACCUACAACCUCGCCCCGUCCCCCAAAGACGAGUCCCCUGCCCAUAGAGGAGUGGGAAAGAAGGGAACGGGCAAGGAGAAGCAGCAACUACAGCAAGACUUCCUGGACAAGCAGCAGAGCCGAGACGAGAGGAGAGCCCGGGCCAUGAAGAUCCCCUUCUCCAACGAGAAGAUCGUCCACCUGCCCGUGGAGGAGUUCAACGAGCUGCUGUCGAAAUACCGACUGAGCGAGGCCCAGCUCGCCCUGGUCCGGGACAUCCGCCGCCGGGGCAAGAACAAGAUGGCAGCCCAGAACUGCCGCAAGAGGAAGCUGGACACCAUCCUGAACCUGGAGCAGGGCGUGGAGGCGCUGCGCAGGGACAAGGCGAGGCUGCUGCGGGAGAAGGUGGAGUUCGUCCGCUCCCUCAGGCAGAUGAAGCAGAAGAUGCAGAGCCUGCACCAGGAGGUGUUCUCCAGGCUGCGGGAUGAGAGCGGGAGGCCCUACCCGGCCGGAGAGUUCUCCCUGCAGUACGGCAGCGAUGGCAGCGUCCUCCUCAUGCCCAGGAGCCUCCGCGACGAGCAGCAGCAGCAGCAUCAGCAUCAGCAGUCCAGAAAGCCAGAGAAGAAACAGAAAGACAAGAAGAAGUGAGAUUGCUGUUUUAAAACAAACACUUUUUUUUUUUAUAUAUACAGUACGUUACAGAAGAGUAUGUAAAUAAAAAAAAA